AGAGACCACGCAUCACUACUGAGCCCCGGGAUGUCGACGUCGCCCUUGGCAACACCGUUUAUUUCAUCUGCAGGGCGGAAGGGAACCCCAAGCCCAAGAUCAUCUGGCUCCACAACAACAAUGAGAUCGACAUGAGAGAUGACGGACGCCUGAACUUGCUGCAAGACGGAACGCUAAUGAUCCAGGACACCCGAGAAUCAGACAAAGGUGUCUACCAGUGCAUGGCGAAGAAUGUCGCUGGAGAAGCAAAGACCCACGAAGUUGUCCUGCGUUACUUUGGCAGCCCAUCCAAGCCCACCUUUGUUAUCCAGCCCCAGAACACAGAAGUGUUGGUUGGGCAAAGUGUCACCUUGGAAUGUGGGGUGUCGGGUCACCCCCAGCCUCACAUCCUCUGGAAGCUGAGCUCGGGGUCCCCGCUGCCGCAGGACUCUCGCUUCACCAUCACCAGCUCUGGGGGCCUCUACAUCCAAAACGUCACCUUCUCGGACCAGGGGCAGUACAGCUGCAACGCCAGCAACAGCGAAGGGUCUAUCCAGGCCACCGCCAACGUCAUCGUACAAGAUACUCCGAGGUUCGUGGUAGUCCCUACUGACCAGACCGUGACCGAAGGUCAAAGCGUGGACUUCUUCUGCUCUGCUGAGGGGCACCCUUUGCCCGUCAUUGCCUGGACACGGGCAGGUGGGCCACUGCCGAGCGACCGGAGACACAGCAUCCUCUCCACCGGCACCCUGCGGGUGGUCCGAGUGGCCCUUCACGACCAGGGCCAGUACGAAUGCCACGCCAUCAGCGCCAUCGGUGUCCGGAGCUUUCCGGUGCAGCUCUGGGUGACUCCACGAGUGAUUCCGGUGUUCCUUCACCCACCACAAGAUAUGAUGGCAGAGACUGGGAAGGACGUAGACAUUACCUGUGCCACCCAAGGGGACCCGCAGCCCACCAUAACGUGGGCCAAGGAAGGGAUUCAGAUCACCGAGAGCGGGAAGUUCCGGAUCAGCCGAGAAGGGACGCUGACCAUCCGAGACCUGGGGAAGGCAGAUCAAGGGAGAUACGAAUGCAUCGCCCGGAAUACCUUUGGGUUUACCUCCAGUACUAUGCAACUGACCGUCAUUGCAACCAAUGUUGUCCGGAGCGGUGACACCUUCGUUGCCACCUCAAUCCAGGAAGCCAUCAGCAGUGUGGACCACGCAAUCAAUUCUACCCGAACGGAACUGUUCAGCAAGAGGCCCAAAACUCCUAACGAGCUGCUUGCCCUUUUCCGUUAUCCACGAGACCCGUACACCAUCGAGACGGCCCGGGCUGGUGAGAUUUUUGAAAGGACCCUACAAUUGAUUCAAGAACAUGUGCAGCAAGGAUUAGUUGUGGACAUGAAUGGAACAGGUUACCGCUACAAUGAUCUGGUCUCCCCUCGCUAUCUGAACAUGAUUGCCAACCUCUCUGGCUGCUCAGCCCACCGGCGCACUCCCAACUGCUCGGAUAUCUGCUUCCACAAGAAGUACCGGACCCACGAUGGCUCGUGCAACAACCUCCAGCAUCCCAUGUGGGGGGCGUCUCUCACUGCCUUCCAGCGGCUGCUCAAGCCUGCUUACCAAAACGGUUUCAACCUGCCCCGAGGUUUCUCACUGGCGGAAGAGGCCAGAGAGCUCCCUCUUCCCCUCCCCCGUUUGGUUUCCACCGCCAUGAUCGGCACGGAGACCAUUACUCCGGACGACCAGUUCACGCACAUGCUGAUGCAGUGGGGCCAGUUCCUUGACCACGACCUGGACCAGACGGUGGCCGCCAUCAGCAUGGCACGAUUCUCUGAUGGUGAACCCUGCAGCCAGGUGUGCACCAACGACCCUCCUUGCUUCUCCAUCAUGAUCCCUGAGAACGACCCCCGGGUGAGGAAUGGCCACUGCAUGUUCUUUGUCCGCUCCAGCCCUGUGUGCGGCAGUGGGAUGACCUCUCUGCUGAUGAACUCCGUCUAUGCCCGGGAGCAGAUCAACCACCUCACCUCGUUCAUUGACGCUUCCAAUGUCUACGGCAGCACAGAACACGAGUCCCUGGAACUGAGGGACCUCAGCAACCAGAGAGGGCUGAUGAAGCAAGGCCAAGUGGUCCCCAGCUCUGGGAAGCCCCUCCUCCCAUUUGCGGUGGGGCCUCCCACUGAGUGCAUGCGGGAUGAGAGCCAGAGUCCCGUACCGUGUUUCCUGGCGGGGGACCACCGAGCCAACGAACAGCUGGCCCUGACCUCCAUGCACACCCUGUGGUUCCGUGAGCACAACCGUGUGGCCACCGAACUUCUGGCCCUGAAUCCCCACUGGGACGGGGACACCAUCUAUCACGAGACUCGCAAGAUCAUAGGUGCCCAAAUGCAGCAUAUCACGUACUCCCACUGGCUCCCCAAGAUCCUCGGAGAAGCUGGGAUGAAGGUCUUAGGAGACUACAAAGGCUACGACCCCAACGUCAAUGCAGGCAUCCUGAACGCAUUUGCUACCGCCGCCUUCCGCUUUGGCCAUACUCUUAUCAACCCCCUUCUCUACCGGCUCAACGAAACCUUCCAACCCAUCCAACAAGGCCAUGUCCCGCUCCAUAAGGCCUUCUUCUCCCCUUUCAGGAUCAUCCAGGAAGGGGGCAUCGAUCCUCUUCUCCGCGGACUCUUUGGGAUCCCUGGGAAAAUGCGGGUCCCUACUGAACUCUUGAACAUGGAGCUGACGGAGAAGCUCUUCUCUAUGGUUCACUCGGUCUCUCUGGACCUGGCGGCCAUCAACAUCCAGAGGGGGCGGGAUCACGGUAUCCCUCCGUACAACGAUUUCCGGGUCUUCUGCAACCUCACGUCUGCUCAGGAAUUUGAGGACCUCAAGAAUGAGAUUAAAAACCUGGAGAUCAGGGAAAAACUCAGGAGUUUAUAUGGAAUCACUAAGAAUAUCGACUUGUUUCCUGCACUGAUGGUAGAAGAUCUGGUCCCCGGUACCAGGGUCGGACCCACAUUGAUGUGCUUAUUUGCAACUCAGUUUAGAAGACUCCGGGAUGGAGACAGGUUUUGGUACGAGAACCCGGGAGUGUUCACUCCGGCCCAGCUCACGCAGAUAAGGCAGACGUCCCUCGCCCGCAUCAUCUGCGACAACAGCGACCACAUCGGGCAGCUCCAGAAAGACGUGUUCCGGGUGGCGUCGUACCCGCAGGGCAUGGUCAGCUGCGAGGAAAUCCCAGAAAUGGAUCUGCGCAUGUGGCAGGACUGCUGCGAAGACUGUAGGACGCGGGGCCAGUUCAGGGCCCUUUCGCAACAGUUCCGACGCAAGAGAGCUUCCGGCUUCAGCUACCCGGAAGAAAACCCUUCCAACGCCAAGCCUGGAGUCCCAAGAAUGGAAGCGCCGUCUCCAGAUCACGCACAAGAGGAAGAUCUCGAGUCUUUAGUAAACGAACUUGAACAAAUGGUUUCCGCUCUUCGGAAGCAGGUCAGUUCCUUGGAGGGUCAACUGAAGCAACACAAAAGAAGCCCGGGCAAGUCUGGCCAGCAGCAGAAGACCGGAGCCAAGUGGCGGAUGAGAUGA